AUGAAGAAAGUACGAGUUACGCAAAAAAAUAUUCAAUUUCAUGAUAAUAUUCAAAUUAGAGAAAUUCCAAGGAAAGAAUCUGAACCAGAAAUAUUAGCUAAUGAUAUUGAUGGACAAUCAUCAUGGGAUCCAAAUUUAAUCAAUACAGACACAUUCAACACACAAUCAACGCAACCCAAAUGUAUAAUUAUUGUUAUGGUAGUUGUUGGUAUCAUUCUUAUUGCUGCUAUCAUUGGAACAAUAGUCGGUGUAACUGUUGCCGAUAAUUCGCUUACAUUUAAUGAAGCAUGUACAGUUGACUCAAAUCAGUGUAUUUCAUCACAAGGUCUUUCUUGUUCAAAUGGAUUUUGUUCAUGUUCAUCACCAUAUUCAUGGAAUACGGCAACAACAUCAUGUACAUAUUUAAGUUAUAAUCAAUCAUGUACAGCAUCAAAUCAAUGUGAUCCAUCCGUUGACUUUACUUGUACGGGUACUUGUACAUGUAGCAAUUCAAAAGUAUGGAAUAUAUCAACUUGUGUUUGUCCAGCUGGAACAUUUUUGAAUUCAUCUAAUCUUUGUCAAACUGCAUAUACUGUUAAUCAGUCAUGUACAAUGGGUUCAAAUCAAUGUGAUUCAACAAAAAAUCUUUAUUGUAAUAAUAGUCGAUGUCAAUGUGAUUAUACAACGAAAUAUUGGAAUAUCAAUUUUCAAGCAUGCAAAUCACGUCUUAAUUAUACUGAAAUGUGUGUAUCGGAUAGUGAUUGUUUACCAACAUUGAUUUGUCCGACAGUGCCAGGUGUAUGUAAUUGUUCUCAAUUUUUACCUGAUUUAGUUUGUAAUUGUGACAAUACAAAAUAUUAUGAUUCAACAACCUCGCAAUGCGUAAAUCGAGCAUCAUAUGGUGGUUCAUGUUCAGUAUCAGCUAAUUAUACAUGUCUUUUAACACUUUAUUGCAAUACGGGUACAUGUGCUUGUCCAACGAGCACUACUUGGGUAGUUGCAAAUACGGCUUGUGUUGCUUCUGGAUGA